AUGCGUUCAAGCUAUCCACUAUCGUUAAACUGGAGCACUCUGUUUUUUCGACAAAUGUCUUCCGCUAAAACUUGCAAGUCAGGGUUCGUGUCACUGCAGCUUAAUCAGGUGGAAUGGUGUGUUCCGUCCAGAUACAAAGAACUUUCAAUGAUAGGAUAUGGUGCUUAUGGUACUGUCUGCUCUGCCCAUGAUACCCGAUUAAACCGCCGAGUGGCUAUUAAAAAAUUGAGUAGACCUUUUGAAAAUAUUGAAUAUACAAAACGAACAUACAGAGAAAUUAACAUUUUGUCUCAAAUGGAUCAUGAAAAUAUUGUUUGUUUAAUUGACGCCUUUUCACCACAAACAUCAUUGAAAGAUUUUACAGAUAUUUAUCUGGUUACGCCGUUAAUGGGUGCUGAUCUUGGAGCCAUAAUUGAAACUCAGUCAUUAUCAGAUGAACAAAUACGAUUUCUUGUAUACCAAAUUUUGAGGGGUUUAAAAUAUAUGCACAGUAUUGGUCUGAUUCAUCGAGACUUGAAGCCAGCCAAUAUCGCAGUAAAUGAAGACUGCGAGUUGAAAAUUCUUGACUUUGGCUUGGCACGUCAAAAACAGGAAGAGAUGACUGGCUAUGUCGCAACUCGUUGGUACCGAGCUCCCGAAGUAAUGCUAAACUGGAUGCAUUACAAUGAAUCUGUGGAUGUUUGGUCCGUUGCAUGUAUUAUGGCUGAACUCCGAAAUCGAACACCUUUAUUCAAGGGUGGCAAUCAUAUUCAUCAAAUUCAGUUAAUUUUGAAUCUAUUGGGGAAGCCAGAUGAAGAAUUUAUGAGAAAAAUUAACAGUCCUGAAGCAUGUGGAUUUAUUCGGGACAUUAGUAAAUGUGAACCACAAAAUCUGUAUACUUAUUUUUCUAAUUUUUCAAGUGAUGCGGUCGAUUUAUUACAAAAGAUGCUUCAUCUUGAUCCAGAUCGACGCUUAACAGCUGCUCAAGCAUUAGCUCAUCGUUACUUCGCGUCGUAUCAUGACGAGUCUGAUGAACCCGUUGCAGAGAAGUUUGAUGAUCCAUUUCAAGAUGAUAGUAGUGUAACAUUGGAUCAACUGAAAGAGGCUGUGUGGAAUACACUAGAAAAUUUUGUCCCUAACCUGAACUCCCUACACCUAUGUACUUCAGAGGAAACGAGUACGGCUUAA